CUUCUUCCUCCUCGUGUCUUUCCCUCGGCUCAGAUCGAAACGCCAUGGCGGCCGGAGACACAGGGCAGGGAAGAUUGGCUGAUUCGUAGCCUGGAAGGUGAAGAGCAGGGGGUAUUCGUCGCAAAACCAAGGUACCUCGCCAUGCCGAUUCCUCCGCCCCUGGAUAUUAUAUAGUUGGAAAGGAGCAAAUUCCACCGAAAGGCCCAACGGCCCAAAUUGCAGUCGGUCCCCAAAUGCUUCCCCGUCUCCUCCCGCACCGCCAUCGCCUCCUUCUCCAAACCCUGCCCCGGGCCGCCGCAAGAUAUGCGGCCGAGGCUGACCUCCACCAGAGGCUAUGCUCCACGUCUGCCGCGUCGAGCCCAAGCCUGUCGAUAUGGCGGCGAAAGAAGGAGAUGGGGAAGGAGGGCCUCAUGGCGGUGGCGCAGCUCAAGCGGCUCGCGGCGCUUCCCCCGGUCGGGGGCCACCCGCGCCUGGAGCAGUUCAUGCGCUCGCACGUGUCGCGGCUCCUCCGCACCGACCUGCUCGCCGUCCUCGCCGAGCUGCUCCGCCAGGAUCACGUCAUCCUCUCCAUCAAGAUAUAUGGUGUUGUGCGGAAAGAAAUCUGGUACCGCCCUGACAUGUACUUCUACCGAGACAUGCUGUACAUGCUAGCAAGGAACAAGAAGGUUGAUGAGACGAGGCAGGUCUGGGCAGAUCUCAAGUCUGAAGACGUGCUAUUCGAUCAGCACACCUACGGCGACAUUGUGAGAGCCUUCUGCGAUGCCGGCUUAAUUGAUCUGGCGAUGGAAAUCUACGAGGACAUGAGAAGCUCCCCCGACCCACCCCUGUCGCUGCCGUUCCGUGUAAUCCUGAAAGGGCUGGUCCCGUACCCCGAGCUGAGGGAGAAGAUAAAGCAGGAUUUUCUGGAGCUUUUCCCGGAUAUGAUUGUAUAUGACCCGCCGGACAGUUUGUCGGAUGUAGAUGAUGAGUUCAAGUUUAAGUUUUGAUGAAUAUACGCAUCCCUACGUUCUUGCUUCAAUGCUUCCUGGAGUUGAAUUUCUAAGGUCUACUGCGAGUGUGAGACUACAAUCAAUAAACCAACCUGAUCAACUGUUCAUU